AUGGAAGUCGAGCAUGGCUUGAUUGUACAACAAUUAGAGAUUUUGUUUACCGAGCCCGUAAAGGAUUUAGAUAGCUUGGUCAGCUCUCUGAAAAAGAUUGCUUUGGAGGCUCAGACUAAACCGGAAUUCCGGUUGUUCACCGUACUUUGUCCUCAGGUCAUUUACUUAAUGCAACAGUCGAAACACACGGCCGUUUCUGGAGAAGAUAAACUUCAAGAAAGUGAAGAUACGGAAUUAAUGAUCACCGGACUGGUCAUAUUAUUGGAAUGCCUGGGAAAAUUAAGUCAAGAUGUAGACAACGGAAUACGCGAAUGUUUAUUCAAAGAAGGAAUUAUCGCCACGUGCAUUUCACUUUUGUUUCAAGCCGACCAAACUCUACCACGCGUGACGAAAGCCGUGUCAACUUUUCCGAACUCACAAGAUGGCGCAACAGGGUUUUCGUAUAUCAAAAGGAACAUAGUAAAAGUAAUUGGGAAUAUGUCCUUUGAAAAUAAAAUUGUACAGGACGAGGUACGUGAAUUAGGAGGUAUUCCCCUAGUUUUAAAUCAAUGCAACAUUGAUGAUAAUAACCCGUAUAUUCGCGAACAAGCGAUAUUUGCAAUCCGAAGUUUACUGGUCGGUAAUCCUGAUAACCAAAAAUUUGUCGACGAACUUCAACCCGUUGGUGCCGUUCAAAAUGAUAUUCUGAGAGAGAUUCACGUUAAAGCCGAAUUGAGAAAAGAUGGCAAGGUCAAGUUGGUGGCAGACCACAAAUCGAAAUAA